AUACCGUGUUUUUCCAUUUGCCACCGAGAUGUGGGGACCGAACCACAGUAUAUGGCGUCUCUUGCUAUAGGCAGAUUGAAGCAAAGGCAUUAAAAGUACGACAAGCAGACAUCACCCGAGAAACAGUACAGAAAAGUGUCUGCGUUCUCAGUCAGCUGCCUUUGUAUGGGUUACUUCAGGCAAAGCUGCAACUCAUUACACAUGCGUAUUUUGAAGAAAAAGACUUCUCACAAAUUUCAAUUCUAAAGGAACUUUAUGAUCACAUGAAUAGUUCCUUGGGCAGUACUUUGCUAGAAGGAUCACAAGUUUAUCUUGGUCUGUCUCCUCGAGAUCUUGUUCUUCACUUCAGACACAAGGUCUUGAUCCUUUUUAAAUUGAUUCUUCUAGAGAAAAAGGUGCUGUUUUAUAUUUCUCCAGUAAAUAGAUUGGUAGGAGCUCUGAUGACUGUCCUGUCCCUCUUUCCUGGUAUGAUUGAACAUGGUCUUACUGACUGCUCACAGUAUAGACCAAGAAAGAGCAUAUCAGAGGAUGCUGGCUUGCAGGAAAACACACCGCGAUUAGAUGGCUAUGUUUCUGUGUCUGCUGCUGAUACUUCAGAUGCAAACUUAGGAAUGGGAAAAGGAGGCAGCAAGAUGGCAGGAAACCAUUCACUGGAAGAUCAAAAAGCAAAUGUGCCUUUCUCCCAGUCAGAGAAGACUUGCAAUGGAGCUCAGUCCUCCAAUGGUACUGUGCAGCGCUUGAAAGUUCCUUCCCGCACUUCUCCAGCAUCCUCUGAAAGUGACUGGGAGACCUUGGAUCCUAGCAUUUUGGAGGAGUCUAAUUUGAAAGAAGGAGAACGUGAAAAUACAGCAUCAGAAGCAGCUGAAAAUCUUCUGAGCAAAGGCAUGAAAUCAGAAAGCCUUCCAAUCACUGUGCAGCCCCAAGCAAAUACAGGACAUGCGGUGCUUGUUCCAGGACUGAUAUCUGGGUUGGAAGAGGACCAGUACGGUAUGCCGUUGGCUAUUUUUACAAAGGGGUACCUUUGUUUGCCAUACAUGGCACUGCAGCAGCAUCAUCUCCUGUCAGAUGUAACAGUCCGCGGCUUUGUUGCGGGAGCCACCAAUAUCCUAUUCCGUCAGCAGAAACAUCUGAGUGAUGCAAUCGUGGAAAUAGAAGAUGCUCAUGUACAAAUCCACGAUCCAGAGCUCCGUAAGAUCCUGAACCCAACAACUGCUGACCUGAGAUUUGCAGAUUACUUGGUGAAGCACGUAACUGAGAACAGAGAUGAUGUUUUCCUUGAUGGCACUGGAUGGGAAGGAGGAGACGAGUGGAUCAGGGCUCAGUUCAGUGCUUAUCUUCAUGCACUGCUUGCUGCUGUGCUGCAACCAGGUAGAAUAGAUAACUUGUCUGGGGACUGA